AUGGUCUACAGGGCCCACAGCAAGGUCCACAGGGGCCGCAUGGUCCACAACCCCCGCAGCAAGGACCGCAAGGACCGCAAGGGCCGCAAGGUCCACAACAAGAUCCACAAGGAGCACAGCAGGAACCGCAAGGACCACAGGGUCCACAAGGUCCGCAAGGACCGCCGCAAGGGCUACAGGGUCCGCAGAAUCCAAGGGGUCCGCAACACAUGAUGGUUAAUUAAUGUUCUAAAAAGAAACUUGUGAAAACUUUCAGUGUUGAGACUCUUAACGAAUACUUACUUUGAACCAAACAAAGAAAUAACCUAGGACGACCAAAAAAUUUUGAUGAUUACAGGCCGAGAUUCUAAACAAGAGUGAUAGAAACUUGACUCGCAAGUUGGUAUAAGAAUUUGACAACUGUCGAAAAUAUCCGCAGCUAACUAGAUUAUGGGUUUUGGAAAACAGAGGUCGAAAAAAUGUAAUAUAAUUUAUUGGAUCAGAUUAGCCUUGAAAUUCACAUGACUGCUGUCAAAUUGAAGCUCCGACUGAUGUGGCUCACAUUCGUCAGUUCUCCGUUCCACCUUCAAUAGUGAGCACCUAAAUUUUCGGUGGCUUCAGCUUCCUUUGGAUUCCGGUAGUUAAAGAUCUUUUAAACAAUCAAAAUCAUGUACAUGUAUGUCAACCCGAAUUACGUUCUGGUAGGGGGUCCCUGCUGUGGUCCCUGCGGCGGAUGCGGUCCUUGUGGUGGCUGCGGCCCCUGUUGUGGUGGGUGUGGCCCCUGCUGUGGUCCUUGCGGAGGAUGUGGACCUUGCUGCGGCGGCACCAGCAGUUUUUGCGGUUGCGGUCCUUGCUGCUAAGCCAACUGACCAGGACACCUGUCGGAAUACUUAAGGCUGCUAUGUAAAUCUGGAAAAAUAAACUGUGUGGGAGACAACAAAGAAA